UUAAAACAUGAUGCUUUAAUUCAGCAUACAAAUACACAGGAUCAUAGAAAAAGUAAACCAAUUUUGCAUAAUCAAACAACAAUUGAAUAUGAAUUUAAGUAUGCAAUAUCAAAAAACAAAUUAGAUAUUAUUCAAAUUAUGCAACAUGUUUAUUUUUUAGCUAAGCAUCAUUGUGCUACUUAUGGAUUAAAAGAUUUAGAAAAAUUAAGUACUCAGCAAUUUAAUAAAGCAAAAAAUGAGGCUUUAUUUGGACCCUUUGUUGGUUUAAAACAAGCACAAUCAAUUAUUGAUUCACCUAUUAUAAUAUGUUCAGAAUAUGGUUCAUAUAAUAAUGAUGUUUUUGCACAUGAAUUUUUAAAAGCAAUUUCAUUUGUUAUUGAAGAAAGUUUAAGUAUUAUUCAAUUAGAUGAUGCAGCUGCACAACCAACUGUUAAUAAUAUUAAUCAUUUUUUAACAGCAAAAAAACUUAAUAUAAGCAAUAUAUUUUAUAUGGGAAGUGAUGAUGCUA